AUGACGAGAGUGGCAUAAUGGUGCCUGGAGGUACACAAGCUCAUCUUGAAACUUUCUCAACUUGUGUUUUCAUAGGGACACCAGACCUCAGAUGCACAGCUUCAGGGGAAAUGGUGGAAACUAUCUCCAAGGACAUGGAGGAGGGUUGGCUGAAAGAAGUCAGGAUUAUUAAAGCCUCUAUCUUUUGUAAAAUGAUAAACCACAUGGCAUGCACAUUCAUUUAUAUGUAUAUACCCACCUACAUACAUACACACGUACAUAGGUUCCCAGUUCACCUGGCUGACAUUGCAGAUGCCAUCUUCCUUUAGACAUAAACAUCUGUAGAUACUUAUAAGAUGCCCCUUUUGAGUAUUCUCUUAUUCUUCUUGCAGCUUCCUCUCAUAGUGUGCAACUUGUCUGAGGAUGACUGUCUUCAACGCAGGAGCACCAGUUUGUACAAGGAUGGAGAUGUGGUGAUCGGUGGUUUCUUCUACCUGUACAACUCUUUUUACUUCACUGGUAUGUCUCAUAUAAAACCCAGCGAGGACUUCGUUAUCAUGGACCUUAUCCACAACAGUUACCAGAAUGUUCUAGCCAUCAGUUUUGCCAUUGAAGAGAUCAACAGAAAUCCUCAUCUUUUACCCAACAUAUCUCUGGGAUAUGAGUACCAUAAUUUAAUUUACAGUCACUGGAAGUUUUUAGAAAGUAUCAUCACUUUGUACACAGGACAAAAUGGGACACCUAACUAUAGCUGUGGGAGAGAGACUAAAUCUGUAGCAUUACUCACAGGAUCACCAUGGGUAAUUUCUUCUCAAAUUGGACCUUUGCUGGAACUCUACAAAUUUCCACAGCUUACCUUUGGCGCUUUUGAUCCCGAGUUCAGUGAAACUAGUCAGUUUCCUUCUGUCCAUCAGAUGGCCUCAAAGGAUGAAUCUCUGGCCCUUGGCAUGGUGUCCUCGAUGCUUCAUUUCCACUGGACCUGGGUGGGACUGGUCAUCACAGCAGGUCAGAAUGGUUUUCGAUUUCUCUCAGAUGUGAGGGGAGAGAUGGACAAGAAUGGAGUCUGUGUAGCAUUUGUAAAAAUGAUCAAAAAUGCUAUUGCGUCAUACCUCUGGAGUCCAAAGCUGCAAGAUUUCCUGAGCAGAGAAACAUCACCUGUAAAUGUGGUUAUCAUUUAUUAUGAUACUGACAGUCUUAAUGAUAUAAACUAUCAGGUCGGGGUACAUCUAGUGACAUGGAGAGUCUGGGUGACAAACACUCAAUGGCAUGCUGAAUUGUCUGGGAGAAAUUUUAUCCUUGAUUCAUUCCAUGGGAGUCUCGUUUUUACACACCACUAUGAGGAGAUUUCCGGUUUUAAUGAGUUUAUCCAGACAGCUACCCCCUUCAAAUACCCAGAAGACACUUUCCUCACUCUGUAUUGGUUCAGGAAUUUCCGCUGCUCAUUCUCUGAUUCUGACUGUUCACUGAAGGACUGUACACCUAAUGCUUCUCUGGCAUGGCUGCCUGCAAAUCGUUUUGACACUGCCAUGAGUGAAGGGAGCUACAACGCAUACAAUGCUGUGUAUUUGGUAGCGUACGCCCUGCAAGAGAUGCUUCUUCAACAAGGUGAAAUGCAACUGAUCGGAAGUGGGGACACCACGGUGUUCUCCCCCUGGCAGCUCCACCCCUUUCUGAAGGACCUCCAGUUCAACAGUCCCACUGGAGAACAAGUAAACUUAGGCAAGGCAAAUAAAGUGGGUACAAAGUAUGAUAUUCUCAACUUGUGGAACUUUCCAGAAGGUGUUAGACUCAGGGUGAAAGUUGGAGGGUUUUCCCCUCAGGCUCCACUUGGUCAACAGCUGUCUGUGUCUGAGGAGAUGAUAGAGUGGGCUGCAGGAAUUACUGAGACUCCCCGCUCUGUAUGCAGUGAGAGCUGCAGUUCUGGAUUCAGGAAAUCCCCCCAGGAGGGAAAACCUGCCUGUUGUUUUGAUUGCACCCCUUGCCCAGAGAAUGAGAUUGCCAAUGAAACAGAUAAGGAGCAGUGUAUGAAGUGUCCAGAUCAUCAGUAUGCCAACACUCAGCAAAACCAUUGCAUUGAAAAGUCUGUGACAUUUCUGACUUUUGAAGAUCCCAUGGGGAAGGCUCUGGCUGGUACCGCCCUGAGUCUCACUGUCCUCACAGCUGCUGUUCUUGGGCUCUUUGUGAAGCACCGAGACACUCCCAUUGUCAAAGCCAACAACUGAAAUCUCAAUUACAUCCUACUCAUCUCCCUCAUCUUCUGCUUUCUCUGCUCCUUACUCUUUGUUGGCCGUCCCAACACAGCCACCUGCAUCCUCAAGCAGACCACAUUUGGAGUUGUGUUCACUGUGGCUGUUUCCACCGUCUUGGCCAAAACUGUCACUGUGGUGCUGGCCUUUAAGGUCACUGCUCCAGGCAGAAGGAUGAGGCAGUUGUUGGUAUCAGGGACACCUAACUACAUCAUUCCCAUUUGCUGCCUGAUCCAACUCACUCUCUGUGGAGUCUGGAUGGGCACUAAUCCACCCUACAUUGACACAGAUGCUCACUCUGAACAUGGCCACAUCAUCAUCGUGUGCAACAAGGGCUCACUCACUGCCUUCUACUGUGUCCUUGGCUACCUGGGCUCCCUGGCCCUGGUGAGCUUCACUGUGGCUUUCCUGGCCAGGAACCUCCCAGACACCUUCAAUGAAGCCAAGUUCCUGACCUUCAGCAUGCUGGUGUUCUGCAGUGUGUGGGUCACGUUCCUCCCUGUGUACCACAGCACCAAGGGGAAGGUCAUGGUGGCCAUGGAGGUCUUCUCCAUCUUGGCCUCUGGUGCAGGGUUGCUGGCCUGCAUUUUUGCCCCCAAGUGUUAUAUUAUUUUAUUAAGGGAAGAUAGACUUUCUUUGCCUAAAUUCAAAGAUACAAUAUAUACUAGAAGUAAAAAUCCUUCUUAAAUUUAAUUUAAUAAUGUAUUUUUUUCUGAAAUACAUGGAGGACCCUGAGGUUAAUCAGCACCAUUCAUUUAGAGAAAUGUUAAAUAGCAAUAUGGGUUUCAUUUUAAUGAACCAAUGGCUUUUACUUCUUUGUGUAGUAGUUUAACAUUCAGUACAACAUAUAGCCAUCAUCAUUAUAAUGUAAAGUUCUUCUGGAUAUAUUUUUUCCUCCAAUAAUAUCUAAUUGCAUUUUUAUUAU